AUGCGAAAGGUCUUCGUUUACAUUCAACUUCUAUUCUCCUUGGACUACACAAAAACAGAUGUCCUGUUGAUAGUCGCGGGAACGUUCUUCUCCAUUGCAGCCGGAAUCCCGUUCCCCUUGCUGGGUCUCGUUUUUGGUGAUUUGAUUAAUGACCUGAAUUCGGCUUCUUGCUCGUCUACUCCUUCGACAGGCUCGGGCAUCAGCGACAGUGUACGGCAGAGAGUUCUCUAUGUUGUCUAUAUCGCAAUUGCCAAUUUCUGCCUCAUCUAUAUUCAUUGCAGUUGUUGGAGCUAUACCAGUGAGCGCAUCGCCCGCCGAUUCCGCCGGAGAUACUUCGAAAGUGUGAUCAAGCAGGAGAUUGGAUUUAUUGAAAGUCUACCAGCUGGCGAUGUCACCUCGCGAUUAGUGAGCGACAUUGAGGUGGUGCAGUCAGGAACGUCGGAAAAGGUUGGGCUCGUAAUUUCGACCUUGUCGUACUUCGUGGCUUCCUACGUAGUAGCAUUCAUCAAAGUGCCUCAGAUUGCCGGCAUGUUGGUUUCGGUCGUACCGUGUUACUUCCUCAUGUCAUAUGGCGGAGGCUAUUUCAUCCGAAAGUACGCGGGGCGAAUCGCCACGCACGCUAACGCAGCCACUUCAAUCGCUUCAUCCAGUCUCUCACAUCUUCCCUUGGUCCAUGCGUUUAAUUCGAAUGCACGCCUCGAGGCCCUUUUCGCCGAUCAUCUGUCGCAAUCUCGAAUGGAUUCUCUGAAGAAGGCUGCGGCGCAUGCGGUACAAUUGGGUCUUCUGUAUUUCAUUGCGUACAGUUCUAAUGCGCUCGCCUUCUGGGAAGGAUCCCGUUUGAUCGCCGAUGCGGUGGAUUCCGGUGGCAACGGUACAUCUGUCGGUGCUGUCUACACGGUUAUCUUUGUUUUGAUCGACGCCUCCUUCAUUCUGAGCCAGGUGGCUCCGUUUGUGCACAUCUUUGCGUCGGCAGCUGGCGCGUCAGAACGUCUGCAGGCAGUCAUCAAUCGGGAUUCCAAGAUCGAUGGAACCGUGGAGGCAGGUGACAAGUCUGCCCCGUUCGACACAGAAGACAUUGUCUUGCACGAUGUCCACUUCAACUACCCCGCUAGGCCAGAUGUGCCCGUCUUACGGGGUGUCAAUCUGCGAAUCCCACCUCGCAAGCAUACCGCGAUCGUUGGAACCUCAGGAGGUGGAAAGUCGACUGUUGUGGCUCUUCUAGAACGCUUCUACGAUCCGACAUCCGGAGAAAUUCGCAUCGGGGGUCGGGACUUUCGACAGCUGAACGUGCGCUACUUACGAGGAAGCAUAGGUUUUGUGCAACAGGAGCCAUCCCUGCUGGACCGUUCUAUUUUGGAGAAUAUCGCGUAUGGACUGGUGGUGUCUGUGGUCGAGGAGGCAUCAAGAACUGGCUCCGUCCGUGACGGGACUCCUGAGACUGAAGCCCUCAAGGAAUUCGACCCUAAGGUCGCAGAAAUUGUAAAACUCGUGCGCAAGGCAGCGUCGGAUUCCAAUGCACUGACAUUCAUCGACGCUCUUCCUUAUGGAUUCUCGACCAGUGCCGGCUCUUCUGGAAACCACCUGAGUGGUGGCCAAAAGCAGCGCAUUGCGCUUGCUCGGGCCCUGGUUCGUGAGCCAUCGCUGUUGAUUCUUGACGAAGCUACUGCUGCGCUGGACUCGACCAGUGAAAAGUUGAUUCAAGAUGCCCUGACAAGACUGGAGAACCGUGUUACAAUGGUUUCCAUCGCGCAUAGGCUUGCUACUGCCAAGGAUGCGCAUAAGAUCGUUGUCAUGCAAAAGGGACAAGUUGUAGAAGAGGGUUCCCACAGGGACCUAAUAUCCCAAAAUGGCACCUACGCGGAGAUGGUUCGCUUGCAGAAUCUUGGGAAGCUGAGUGCAGCUGAUCUUGCUAUUGGGCUUCUGGAUCAAGAGAACAUUGAGCUGGAGUCUGACUCCCUUGCACCGGCGAUUGAGAAGAGGGAAGCUUCAUUGGAUGUCAGCACUGCUACCGCGGUCGAUGAGCCCUUGCCAGACAAGGAAGCUCAACUCGUCAAGAAGGAAAAAGGGAAGGAGAAAAAGAAUAAAAAAGAGAAAAGGUCAAAGACCAAGGGUACCGAAGGUAAACUUGAACACACACGCUCGGGUUGGUUUACCUUCAAGUUUGUUGCGGCUCUUCUCCGCCCAAACAUGGGCUAUAUCCUCCUUGGUCUGGGCAUGUCUGUUGUCAUCGGAGGAAGCUAUGUCGCAGAAGCCGUCAUCUUCGGUCACACAAUCCAGAGUCUGAGUCCCUGCAUUGGAUCCGACGCCAUCCGUCAUGGUGGGCACCUCUACGGACUCCUAUUUUUUGUGAUUGCCAUUGUUGAGUUCUCAGCAAGCGUUAUCAGCGGCUGUGCCUUUGGCUGGGCUGCCGACAAGAUUCUCUAUCGCCUUCGAGUUCUAUCCUUCCGAUCCCUCCUAGGCCAAACUAUUGCAUGGCAUGGAGAGGACGACCGAACGCCAGGUACCCUCAUCAGUUACAUCACUGGCGAUGCGACAGCCCUCAGUAGUAUCACGGGAACUACGAUUGGGCUGUUAUUGGCUGCUGCUGUCAACCUAGUAGCCGGGUUGAUUGUCUCAUUCGUUCUCGCGUGGAAGAUCACCAUUGUCCUUCUGCCAAUGAUCCCCGUUCUUCUGGUAUCCGGCAUGAUGAAACUUCGGACCCAAGCUAAAUUCGCGGAGCGCCACCAGAAGGCCUUUGCCCAAGCCACAUCCAUCACGGUGGAAGCCGUCGGCAACAUUCGAAUAGUGUCUGCUUUCUCGCUGGAGGAACAAUCUUACAGCGUGUAUGAGAGAGCCUUGCGCGCACCGUAUCGUGAGACACUUCGCUCCAUUGCGUAUGGAAAUGCUUUCCUUGCUUUGGCCUUCAGUGUUAGCAACUUCGUGUAUGCCCUGGCAUACUGGUGGGGUACGAAACAAAUCGUGUCUGGUCUUUACACCCAAACACAGUUCUUCAUCAUCCUGCCCGCACUCCUGUUCAGUACCCAGUCGUGCAGCCAGCUUUUUGCGCUUGCGCCAGAUAUUUCAAAGGCCGGUCUUGCGUCAUCAAACAUCACGGAGCUGCUCACCACCCGAUCGGCCAAUCAAGAGAUCAACAAGACCCCAUCCAAAAAGGUCAGCGACUACGAUACCCACCUCCAUGGGGAGAAGCUUGGAGACGUCGAGGCGGCCGAGGUCAGUUCACAAGAUGGGAGCAUAUCUGGCCCUCUUCUCUCCGCGGGCGGAAUCAGUGUGGAACUCCAAUGCCUUCAUUUCGAGUACCCCUCCCGCCCUGGCCACCCUGUCCUGCGUGGCCUUAGCCUGCGUGUGCAGCCCGGUCAAUUCUGUGCCUUAGUUGGGCCAAGUGGUUCUGGAAAAUCUACGAUAUUCUCGAUGCUCGAGCGAUUCUAUCGCCCUGACUCCGGUGCUGUGAUCAUUGACGGAACCGACAUCACACGCCAACUGAGCACUGGGUUCCGCGAUGACAUCUCUCUCGUUCCCCAGGAGAAUGUCCUUUUUGAAGGAUCGGUCGCGUUCAAUAUUGGGUUGGGCGCUCGACCGGGCCAUGAGCCAACACGUGAAGAGAUUGAGGAAGCUUGUCGCAUGGCCAAUAUCCACGAUGUUAUUGCUGCGCUCCCCGAAGGUUACGAGACUCAGUGUAGCCAUGAUGGAAAGCAAUUUUCGGGUGGCCAGCGACAGCGGCUAUCCAUCGCUCGUGCUCUUGUCCGGCGUCCACGCUUACUCUUGCUGGACGAGUCAACGAGUGCCUUGGAUGUGGAGUCCGAAAAGAAGAUCCAGGAAGUGCUUGCGACUCUUGGUGGACGCACCACCAUUAUCGCUAUUGCACACCGUCUGAACACCAUCCACCGGGCAGACCGCAUCUUCUUGAUUGAAGAGGGCCGCUGUGUCGAGCAAGGAACUCAUACUGAGCUGAUCCAGCGCAGUGAGACUUAUCGCACCAGCGUCAUCCACCAGUCGCUUGACACCUGA